CAGUUUCUUUUGUUAUGGAUGUUUACAGUGGGUUUAGGCGGUAAAUUCGUCGUGUAAAUGCUAAAAUGGAAUGGUUUACGACUGAAGAGGCAAUCGAAGAGAUAUUUACGGAAGAUUCCGGCCAAGAAUACCCCACUUCGGACGAAACUUCGUCAGAAAGCAGCGACGAAGAGAGUGAAGACGGUGAACGUCAACAAGUCCGUGCUAGCAGACGACAACGUGGCCAAUCUCCUGUACAGGAGACCGAGGAAGAGGCCCCGGACCAGGAAGAGCCGCAGGUCCAGCCUGAAAGAGACGAUGGCAGGGGCCGUGGCCGUGGCCGUGGCCGUGGUCGUGCUCGGGGCAGAGGCCGAGGAGGUCGUGGAAGAGGCCGCGGGCGUGGAAGAGGCGCGGGUGCAGCGAGGGGGAGACGUGGCAGCCGACGCGGUGCACAGGGACGCGCAACCCCCGGCGGUGCUAGCGGAACAGCUGGAAUUGAUCCGCGUCUUGACGAUGAAAACUGGGAGCAAGUUGACGGCGACUCCUUGCCCCAGGCCCCACAUGAUUAUACUGCAGAGAGGGGAUUCACCGACCAGGUCACACUUCCCGAUGAGCCAGAGCCUUUGGACUUUCUAAAUCUUAUGGUUCCUGACUCUCUGUACAAAAACAUCUCGGAGCAGACUAAUAAAUACGCAGAGGACUUCUUCGCUAAGAAACCGAAAGACCAGCUUCCCCCCUACUCUCGGAUGAGAGCCUGGCCCGAUGGUGGAGUCUCUGAGGCUGACAUCAAGGCAUUUAUUGCACUCACAAUUGCAAUGGGAAUGAUCCACCAACAAGACCUCCAGGACUAUUGGAGUACUGAUGAAGUAUUGGACACCCCGUUCUUCCGGACAGUCAUGUCUCGCGACAAAUUCCUCCUCAUCUUCAAGUUCCUGCACCUCAACGACAACGACAGCUACCAACCACGCGGACACCCCGACUAUGACCCAUUUCACAAACUGGGAGAUGUCUACAAAACAAUUGUCCAACAGUUUUCAACAACAUGGUCACCGGGAAGGGAAGUGUGCAUUGAUGAAGGCAUGGUGCCAUUCCGAGGGAAUGUGCAUUUCCGCACAUAUAACCCAGACAAGCCGGACAAAUAUGGGCUUAAAGCCUAUGAGCUGUGCGAUUCCAGUAAUGGCUACUGUUGUGGGUUCGAGAUGUAUGGUGGCAAGGGGAAGGAACCGUCAGCCAAAGGCCUGACACAUGACAUCGUGUCACGGCUGAUGGAACCGUACACACAGACAGGACGAACACUAUAUGUAGACAACUACUAUACAUCACCUCAGCUUUUCCUUGACCUUGCAGACAACAACACAAAUGCAUGUGGCACAAUGAGGAAUAGGAAGGGACUACCAUCUACCUUCAAAGAUGCCAACCUGACAACAGCGCGCCAAAAGUUCUGCAUGGCAAACGGGUCCCUCCUUGCAGUAAAAUACAAGGAUAGGAGGGACGUCAAGAUGCUGUCAACGGCGCAUAGCGCUAAAAUGGUCGACACCCGGAAGCGGAACCAUCAGGGAGAGCGGGUGAUGAAGCCAGAAUGCAUCCACUAUUACAAUAAGUUCAUGGGUGCCGUCGACCGAUCCGACCAGAUGGUUUCGUAUCUGAGCUUCAGGAGACCCUGAAGUGGUGGAAAAAGGCUUUUUUCCACAUCUUCAGCCUGGCAAUUCUGAAUG